GCUAAAAAAACACAUCUUUCUCACUUCUUCUCAUUACAAACUAGUUUCAUUAUUCUCACAAAGACUUUUCUGUCUUCCUACAGAACAAAAGGUCUUCUUCAGUUUUUCGCUCCAUUUUGUACGCCUGGAGCUGGGUUUGUGUUCACACACAUAAAGCUCUUACCUUUUCUCUUCUUUGAAUCGGAGAUUACAGAGCCGAGGGAGUGAUUGGUUUCUUGAGUUUUUUAAUGGGAGGUUGUUUCAGUAAUCGGAUCAAAACAGAUAUUGCUUCAAGUACAUGGCUAAGUUCGAAAUUCUUGAGUAGAGAUGAAAGCAAGGGCUCGUCGACUACUUCCUUCUCUCAUAUGCCUCGAACAGAAGGCGAGAUCUUGAAAAAUGCUAAUCUGAAGAACUUUAGCCUCAGUGAAUUAAAAUCUGCAACUAGGAAUUUCAGGCCUGACAGUGUAGUUGGUGAAGGUGGAUUUGGUUGUGUUUUCAAAGGCUGGAUUGAUGAGGCUUCCUUCGCUCCCUCUAAACCGGGGACUGGGAUUGUUAUUGCUGUGAAAAGACUUAACCAAGAAGGGCUUCAAGGUCACCGAGAAUGGCUGGCUGAGAUCAAUUACUUAGGUCAGCUGGAUCAUCCUAACCUUGUGAAACUGGUUGGAUACUGCUUGGAAGAGGAGCACAGGCUUCUUGUUUACGAGUUUAUGCCUCGUGGUAGUCUUGAGAAUCACUUAUUCAGAAGAGGAACAUUCUAUCAGCCUCUUUCGUGGAACACGCGGGUUCGAAUGGCUCAGGGUGCUGCUAGAGGACUUGCUUUUCUUCACAAUGCUCAACCGCAAGUUAUAUACCGAGACUUCAAAGCAUCAAACAUCUUGCUAGAUUCGAACUACAAUGCAAAGCUUUCGGAUUUCGGUUUGGCUAGAGAUGGUCCAAUGGGUGACAAGAGCCAUGUCUCCACCAGAGUCAUGGGAACUCAGGGAUACGCUGCUCCAGAAUAUCUAGCUACAGGUCAUUUAUCAGCGAAGAGCGAUGUGUACAGUUUCGGGGUUGUGUUACUGGAGUUGUUGUCGGGAAGAAGAGCAAUUGACAAGAACCAACCAGUAGGAGAACACAAUCUAGUGGAUUGGGCAAGACCUUACUUAACAAACAAAAGAAGGCUUCUCCGAGUGAUGGAUCCUCGUCUCCAAGGUCAAUACUCGCUAACCCGAGCUUUGAAAAUUGCAGUUCUUGCACUCGAGUGCAUAUCUAUAGAUGCCAAGAGUAGACCGACCAUGAACGAAAUCGUCGAGGCACUGGAAGAACUUCAUAUCCAAAAGGAGGCACCAAAAGAGCAGCAGAAUCCUGAAAUCAGCAUUGACAACAACAGCAACAAGAUUGACAACAACAGCAACAAUAUUGACAACAACAGCAACAAAUCUCCACCAGCUGUGAAUUAUCCUAGGCCUUCAAUUAUGAUAUAAAAAGGCAAUAUUUUUACCGCGGUUUAGUGAUGUAUAGACUCUUUACCAUCUAUCUGUUUAGGUAUUAUGCUGUCUGGUAGUAAAAAAAUAGUCUCUUCUUUUUUUAUCCCAAUAUCCUGGCAAUGUAAGGAAGAGAACGAAACUUAAUAGUUGUAAACUUAGGUUCUCUUACAAAGUUCAGAUGUUUAUCACACACAAAA